AUGUCCAAGAUCUAUGUUUUAGCAUGUAAAGAAAGGAAAUACUAUGUGGGUAAAAGUUCAAAUGUGGAACGUCGGUUUGAAGAACACAUACAAGGAGAUUUUGGUAGUGAAUGGACAAGACAAUAUGAACCGUUGCGUAUUGUGCAAGUGAAAGACAUGACAACGAAUUAUGACGAAGCGAACACAACGUUAGAUUACAUGAAAAAGUAUGGCAUCGAUAAUGUUAGAGGUGCACAAUGGUCAAAUAUGAUAUUGACAAAUGAACAACGGGAUACAAUACAAACAAUGAUGAAUCCGAAUGCAUGUUUUAGAUGUGGUCUUGUUGGACAUUUUGCAAAUGAAUGUUACAGAAAUGUUUAUAAACCUUCAUGCAAACGCUGUGGUCGAGAUACACAUUCAACUCGUGGUUGUUACGCAAGUUUCGAUAUCGAUGGCAAUCAAUUAGAAUGUGCCCGGUGUGGCCGAGAUUCGCAUGUGACAAGCAAUUGCUUUGCUAAGACUGAUAUAGAAGGCCAAUUAUUAUAA